AUGGUGGAUGCUUGUGAAGAUGAACAAACAGCCUUGCUGAAGAAGUAUGUGCUGUCGCGAAAGGAGGAACUGGAGAAGCUCGCAGAUGCGGAGGACAGCGCCGCUGGGCCGCUCUCGGUGUCCCCCUUCGUGCCCUGCGCUGCCUCGCGGAUUCCCUACAUUUUGCAAGCGGCGCGCCUGGGACCCGAGGAUGUUCUCUGGGACCUGGGCUGCGGCGACGGCGUGGUGCUGAUCGAAGCCGCCAAGCGCUGCGGCUGCCGCUGUGUGGGACUGGACAUCGAUCAACCGUGCAUCGACCUGGCACGUGCGCGGGCCGCCGAAGCUGGUGUCGAGCAGCUGUGCUCCUGGGUGAGAUGUGACAUGCUGCAGCUGCCUCAGGGCACCUUAGCCGGUGCCUUGGCUCUACCACCGGCGACUGUGGCCUUGGCGUUUUUGACGGCGCAUGGCUUGGUGCGGCUGGCGAAAUGGCUCCACCAGGAGUGGCAACAGGGUUCGUCUCGUGGUCUUCGGGUGGUAACCUGCGUUGAGUCCUUGGACUCCGCGGUGGACUUCAUGGAAGCGGAUGCACUCUUUGCGGACACCAAUGAAUUGUGCUGGCCCGUCUGUCGCGAUCUGGAGCGAUGGGGUGUCUUUGUAGUUCCGCCUUUUGGAGAGGAGAUCUCCACCUGGAGCGCUUCGUCGAAGCCGCUGCAGCUGCUGCGCUGCGAAGCCGAAGCCACGGAGGCAGCGCUGCUGCGGGCAUUGCCAGAGGCCGAUGUGCAACGAUUGGAUGAGCUCGGCCGAGUGCUGCUGGCGGAGGAUGCUGGAGAUGAAGAGGGCGUGGAUCUCUUCGCUACUUCGGAGGCGGGCUUCCACAAAGCUGCUGAAGCUGCGUUGCAUCGCCUAGAACAGCACCGGGUGCUUUAUCUUCAUUCUCUGGACGUUGGCCGUCGCCUUUCUGAGACGGAUCGGCAGUUUCUGAAAGAUCUCGAAGGGCAGUUGCUGUCCUUGAUAAGGUCCGAGGAUGCUACUCGUUGGGGCCUCCUUUCGCACCGAAGUGUCGCCUUGAGGAGUUUGGAGUACCACGCCUACACUGAUGGCGGCUCUGUCAUGGAUCCUGAACACCGGGACGAUAGCUCCUUGCUGACCAUCUCUGUCCUCCUCUCGAGGUCAGAAGAUUUCAGGGGAGGCGCCUUCAGCACCUUCAAUGGCAACGAGCGUGUGGAGCACCCGAUGCAACGAGGGGAUGGUGUCUUGUUCUUGUCGGAGAAACGCCACAACGUCAGUGCCGUGGAGGGAGAUCGCAGAACCUUGGUGCUGGAGCUCUGGGAUGCGCUUCUCGGAGCAGAUCCAGUUCUCGGGGCCCUCGCCGCGCAAUCAGCACAGCAGACACGACUGAGCCGCAGGAGUCACGAGGAGGAAUCACGGCAGCGUUUGGAUAAGGAGAUGGAGGACAAACCGGUACCGCAGCCAAUGACAGAAGAAACGCUUCGGACGGAUGGCUGCGACGAGAUGAACCGGGUCCUGCGCACCAUUGCCACAGAGCCCGUCGACGUCCCUGCAGUUGGGAGCGACAAGAAGCUCCCUGCAAGCUUUCAGGGUGAGGAGGCUCCUUCCAAGCCAAGCAGCCCGGUGAGGAUGAGUCAAAGUGAAACCCGAUAUCAGUGGCGGAGCUCAGUGGACACCUCCCUGAGGCGAUUGAUGCUGAACAUGGAGAUGGAUAGCGAUGAGAGUCUCAGGGACUUUGCCCACCAGGCGCGAUGCAAUCAUCUGGAUCAGAUCUUUGAUUGGUACAAGACGCACGGUGGAAAGGAAGUGCGCAAGGAAAUUCAGAGAGCCAACGCUCCAGCAUUUGUCCGUUAUAGCCAAGAUGGACCUGUGAUGCCCGGUUCUCUGCGAGUUCCAAAGACGCCCAAGAUGGAAAAGAAGGCUGCUCCAGCCUCUCCCAGUGGGAAGAAAGACAUGCAGCUGCCCUCCUUGGGUCGUGUCGUCUCGUCUCCUGCUUUGGUUGCUGCCGGGUCACUGAAUGUGGAAAGCCCAGCUGGCUCACCCUUGCAUACGCCCAAGGCGAGCAAGUGAGUGUGCUGGACUCGAAGAGGUUGGUUACUGAGCUAAAUACUGAGCUUUAGCUCAGCUCCUGAGCAGAGGGGAAAAAGAGCCAAGUGGCCCCUUAGCCGAGCCUUAGCCUUUUUGAGUCAAAAUCCCAUGCCACGGCAGGGUUUGUAGACCCAAAGGUCUCAGCGAAUCCUGCGCAACUGGCCACUGCACGAUUCCGCGGAUGGUUUCUGGUG